GUCCCGAGUGUGUGGGUUUGGGUCCGGGUCCAGCGGGGCCUGGUUCGCGCCCGGCCCCCCCACUUGUCCCGUCCCGCCCCCAGGCUUUGGUGUCAACAAAUGUCAGAAUUCCCAGAAACGUGCAACCGAGGCUGCCGGAUUCCCCAUUAUCGCUGCUUUGCCCUCAAGGACUGAACCCCCAAAGAAGGAAAGACUCCAGCAGUGCUUCCUCAUUCUCAUUCGAAACCUGCCUCCUGCUGAGUCUGCACACAGGAAACCAACGUGCCGGCCCUUCUCGCCCCACCCAUGGAAGCUCAGGCUGCUCCUGUAUCUCAGGAACCUCAGACCCUGCUUCAGAGUGCUCUUCCUUCUCCCAAAGUCCCAGCCUUUUCUGACAAGGACGGCUUCGGGAAUGAGAUGUUGGCGGCUGCACUCCUAAAGACCAAGUCCCAGGACUUGGUGACAUUUGAGGAUGUGGCUGUGUACUUCAUCCGGAAAGAGUGGAAGCGUUUGGAACCUGCUCAGAGAGACCUCUACAGGGAUGUGAUGCUGGAGAAUUACGGAAACGUGUUCUCGCUGGAUGGAGAGAACAGAAGUGAGAAUGAUCAAGAAAUGUCUAAAGAUACAGGAUCCCACGGGGUUCUAUUGGGAAGACUCCAAAAGGACAUUUCUCAGGGUCUUAAGUUUGAAGAAGCCUGUGGACACGAAGUCAGUCUAAAGCGGCAGCUGGAGAACUCCUCUGGAGAAAGAUUGCCUAGGAAGAUAAAAGACUUUAAUCAAGUUACAGCGGAGGCGAAGCUAACCCCCAUGGGCAAGAGAUGUGAGAAAUAUGAUUUGGGGGAUAGCUGCCCUGUGAGUACCAACCUUACUUCACAUCAGAGACUUCCGAUGGGAGACCGACCCCACAAGUGUGAUGAGUGUAGCAAAAGCUUUAAUCGAACUUCAGACCUUAUUCAGCAUCAGAGAAUCCACACUGGGGAAAAACCCUAUGAAUGUAAUGAGUGCGGGAAGGCCUUCAGCCAGAGCUCACACCUUAUCCAGCACCAGCGAAUUCACACUGGGGAGAAACCUUAUGAAUGUAACGAUUGUGGGAAGACUUUUAGUUGCAGCUCUGCUCUUAUUCUGCAUCGGCGAAUUCACACUGGGGAGAAACCUUAUGAAUGCAGUGAAUGUGGGAAAACCUUCAGCUGGAGCUCCACCCUUACUCAUCAUCAGCGGAUCCACACUGGAGAGAAGCCCUAUGCUUGUAAUGAAUGUGGGAAGGCCUUCAGCAGGAGCUCCACUCUUAUUCAUCAUCAGCGGAUCCACACUGGAGAGAAGCCCUAUGAAUGUAAUGAAUGUGGGAAGGCCUUCAGCCAGAGCUCACACCUGUAUCAGCACCAGAGGAUCCACACUGGAGAGAAACCCUACGAAUGUAUGGAAUGUGGAGGGAAGUUUACCUAUAGUUCAGGCCUUAUUCAGCAUCAACGAAUCCACACCGGGGAGAAUCCCUAUGAAUGUAAUGAAUGUGGGAAAGCCUUUAGGUAUAGUUCAGCUCUUGUUCGCCAUCAGAGAAUUCACACUGGAGAGAAGCCCUUGAAUGUAAUGGGUAUGAGCAAAAGUUCUCUCAGAGUUACUGCUGAAUUAAACAUCCAAGAGUCUGCAUGAAAGACCACCACA